AUGGACCGCUUUCGACUGGAUGGCGUGGAUCAGAAUGGUGUAGAUACGGUCGAGCCCAUGCGCCCGAGUUCCUUUGACAUGUCCUUCUCGCUAGGUAGCUACCCUCGUGCGCAGGGGUUAAACAGGGACAGUGAUUUGCACCCAAACAUUAACCAAGAUGAGAACAACGAUGUAAGCAACGAGAACACUAAUAUCGACAGUGGAAGGAGACCGAAUAGAGGACAAAAGGGAAGACUACACGUGGAUGAACUUAUGGACAGCUCCCGUUCGCAACAGAUUGACGACAGCGGUCUGGGGUCGUGUAUGAACCAGAAGAGACACAAUACAACAGGCUCACCCAUGUCCUCGUCGGUGCAUAUGGACGUUGCUAAUAUUGCCUCGCGGCUGGAAGAGAAGGCCCAUGAGGCCAUCGAUGUCGCCAAUUUGUGCGGCAAAGUGGCGUGGAAGCUGAACAAACGUACACAAGACGUACACAUCUACAGACCAGCGACCCUUCCGUCGGAGGAGGAUGCCUCUGUGAAACUUUAUUUCCGGGUGUCGUGUGAGGUCAAGGCGCAUCUUGGGACAAUUAUGGAAUACCUGGCACCAAGCAACUCGAAAGGCUACUUUGAUAUCGAGUCACAGGUUUUCCCAGGACUGCUGCACGCCGCAGUUAUCAAGCGCAUGGAGUUGCCAGAACGUGCACCAUUGUCCGGGCAGACACCACAAAUCUCGUCUAGCACUUCGGCGACUACGACUACGAGUGCUUGUCAUGACGACACGUCCAGUGUGGGCGAAGACUCGAGUGAAUCGUUCCCGCACUUGCAAGUCAAGUGGCACGCCAGUCGCUUUGCUGGGCGAUUUGUCAAGCCAGUGGAUUUCUUCUUUGUCGAGUACGCAAAUAUUGAAACUAUGGCCGACGGCAGGAAACGCGGAUACGGCUACAUUCGGUCGGUGGAGUCAUUCAAAGGCGAUGAGCUGGUGAUUCGACUUGCUGGUGAAGACGUAGCCAUCCCUUCCAGUGUUGCAAAGUGCAAGCGCGCUGUAAUCAACAAAGGUGUCUACCUAGUUUCGCCCUCGGCUGAUGCCUCAGGCACGUAUGAAGUGACCUGCAUGAUGGUGAUUGAUUUUCAAAAGCAGUUUGCAAGCUCUGUGGGGGCCAAGAUAAUCCAAAAUUUCACGGAGCGACUCAUUGGUAUUCGCGAGCUACUUUUCAACACGCUCUUCUGCCCGAUUGCGGUGCUGCCGAAAACUCAAUGGAAACCUGCACGCAGCAAUAAGUGUGCAAUUUGUAUGUGCUCCUUCUCUCUUGUGAAAUCCAAGCACCACUGCCGAGCUUGCGGCGAAGCUGUUUGCGGACAGUGCAGCCGAAAAUGGACUUUGCAACCUGGAGCUCAAGCUGAGACCCAGGCUCGACUAUGCACGAGCUGCUCGUUACAGGCAAGGAGUUACUUCAUGUCAAACGGGGAAUCCAGCCGAUCACCAGCAGGGACUUCCUUGCGUUUUUCGUCAGUUAUUAAUGAUUUCUCUGCAAGUUUGCCCGCUGGGAGUCGCUCUAACGUGCUUCGCAUAGCUACGGUCGACAAGUGUAACGUACAAGUUGCAAGCUCUGUAUCAAACGAACUAGAUACUUGUACAGCCGUCACAUCAGCGUUUGCAAAACUCGUAAGCGCAUUGGGUGACCAGAAGCCUCAUUUUAUGUUAGUGUCGUAUUCGUGCCACCACAGUGGUGUUGCAGUCUAUGAAGCGCUCACUCAGGCUGCUCCAGAUACUCUUUUUAUGGGCAGCACAUCCAGCGGUGGCGUAUAUGUAGGCGCUUCCUUAACACCGUCGGGCUUGAACAAGCGGGAUAACAGCAGUAGUGACUCGCGGAACCGACAGCACAGCAACACAGAGGCUAACGAAAACGUGGCGAGAAGAUGCCUUCUGGACGGCAUGGAAAUGCUUGCAAUGGAACCUGACGAGAGCCCAGAUUUUGUAUGGACUGUACUGGGAGGUGGAGAUGCUACUUGCAAUGUUGAUGGGCAACGGGAUGGAGAAGAAGAGCAAGUAACUCGGGCAGUGAAUGAAAUUGUGGAUUGCUCCUACUCGGUAGUUGGUGGCAGCUCGUCCCGAUGCAACAGCAGCCGCGGACAUGCUACUCAGUUGUGCUCGGAAGGAGGCAACGUAGGGUGCGUGACGAAGCACGGCGCGUGUUUUGCAAUUUGCUGUCCCAGUGUCGAGGUUGCGCACGCAUUGUUCACGUGCUACGAUGCAACAGAUAGGACCUUUGUUGUGACAAAGGCAAGUGGCCGCAACCUGUGUGCUCUCGACCACAAACCUGCAUUGGAAGCUAUUAACGAGGCGACACACGGCAUGUUGACCGAGAUGACACAGCGACCAGAGAAAUAUAACCUGGAAUUGAGUUUGCUGCCUGCUUAUUAUCCUCUUGCACGCGAGCGACGUGGCGCAAUACCCCGUGGCCUCAAGCGAAACAGUUCACGCUAUCAGAUGCUACAACCGGAAACGUCCGCGAGCGAUUUGUCGCUGCAUUUGGGCGCAGAUGUCCGCGUUGGGGAGCGACUGCAUAUGAUGGCUCUUUCACCGCAAGGCGUAGCUUCAAGAGCACGUCGCGGGCUACGUGACGCUGUUCGAAUAUCAAUCCCAACAAUGGAUCUCCAGGACGUUAUAGGGUGUUUCCUGAGCGUCGGCACGAGCUAUGACCGUGUGAUGCAGGGUGAUUUGAAAGCAGUAGCUGACGCAGCGGGAAGUGCCUUUCCCCAAGGGUCUUCGCUAUUAUCAGUCUCUCAUGGACAGCAAGGUGUCAUGGUCGGCGGUAACGAGGCUGUUCACGCUAACAGCAUGCUGACGGCUUUGAUUGUCACCAACCGCAAGAAGUCACUGAAGUCAAACCUGCACCGAUCGCUUAAUGUUCGAAGGACGGCUACGUGA